AUGCCCGUCUUGUUCCUUCAUCCUCCCUCGCCGCCUCCCUUCCCUUCAGUCCUCGCGGAAGCCGCCGGCAAGACCCGGUCGCAGGCGACAACAGGCGAGGCGAGGGGCAAGGGUGCUAGGGCCAAGGCAGGGGAGGCGAGGGACAAGGCUGUUCCAACCAACAAGCGGGCGGACAGCUCCGGUGCGAGCGGAUCAACUCCGUCUGGAAAGAAACCUGCCCGCUCGCAGCAGGCGGCAGUGCAGGCGGCUGGCAGCAAGCGGCAGGGGCAGCAGCAGACGAUGGGCGUGAAGCAGCACAAGUCGUUUGAUGGUCACAUGGCGGCGAACGGAACUCGUGUGGCGGGAGGGAAGGGGCACGUGCAUGGCACGAGGCACGUGAAUGGCACGAGGCUGAAGCGCGGUGCUGCAGCUGGUGGUGGUGGUGGUGGUGGUGGGAUGCACAAGGUUGGUGGCGGUGCUGGUGGCUGGCGUGGCGGGCGAGGAGGCAGCGUGAUUGGUGUGGUGGGCGCGCGGAUGAGUGGCGAGCAGAUGGUGGGGUCAGCAGGCAUGGCCAAUGCCACGGGCCGCCUGGAGCUGAAGCUUGUCAAGUCAGUGCCGCUCCACGCUCCUUCUCUCCUCUUUCUCUUUUGCACCGCCAUGGCUCUGCUUCUCCUUUCACUUGCUUAUGAGCCCUCCUCUCUCUGCUCUUGCAACGCCUUCCUCUGCUGUCCACACUCCAUCUCAGCCCUCCUGGUUUGGCCCUUCCUCCUCUCCUCACACCAACUCCUUCUCCGCCUUACCCUCCCCUUCCUCCUGACGGCCACUGGCAUGGACGUGCACUACUCGCUCUCCCUCGCGCACCUCUCCUCGCCCUCCCCUCCCACCGCCGCCUCCAUCCACGCAGGCCGCGCCGCCUCCGCCUCUGCCCUGCUGCUGCUCGCCUUCCCCGCCUCCGCCUGGACCAACACCACCCGCCCCUUCCAUCGCGCCUCCAACGCCACCGCUGCUGCCCCCCCUGCGGCUGCGCGCUUCAGCUACGGCGCCAGGGGCGUGUGGGGCAACGCGUCGUCCCUCUCCGCCGCUGCGGGCGGCUCUGUGGCUGCGGCUGUGAGCACCAUUCUCGCUGCCCCCGCCUCCUUCCACGCUCUCAUCGCCACCUCCGCGUUCCCCCAGGGGGCUGUGCGCGGCCAGAUGGCCAACAUGACCCGCGGAGGGAAGUAG